AAUGUUGACAGAUGACAUUUGGAACUGUCAAAAUAUUAUGAAAGUCGACAUUAAUUUGAAUAAUAAUUUAUUGGUAUUUAUUUCAUUUAUCCAAUUUAUUUUAAAUAAAUAAGUAAUUUCAAAGUGCAUUCACUAUUUGAGUGCAUUAUUUGCCUAUUUAAAAUUCAAUGUUUACAAGUUUAUCCUAUCUAAAGAAACAUACACCACAAAAUGGAACUGACCGUGAAAGUUAUUUAUCAUUACUCGUAGACGAGUUUAUUAAUUCACCUUCUAACGAUGCUAAGUGCCAAGUGCUUGCAAAUUUAGCUAAUUUUGCUUAUGACCCAAUAAACUAUGGUUUCAUACGCGAUGUUGGAGUUUUAGAUAUAUUUUUGUAUGUCAUCAAGAAUGAAACUAACUUUAAACUAUUGCAAUUUGCAACUACAGGCAUUUGUAACUUGUGUCCGGAUCCCCUGAAUGCAGACUAUUUAAUUAAGCAUGAUGUACUGAAACCUUUAGAAGAUUUAUUAAAAUCAAAGGAGAAUAAUAUUAUUGCUGAUGUUAUCACUAUAUUGAUAUAUCUUUCUGAAGAAUCAAAGUCCUUUAUGAAGGAAUACCAAAUCUCACAACAAAUACAAAUUUUAAAGGAAUCAGAUGAUAAGGUGGUAUCGCAAUUGGCUACUAUAUUUUUAGAACAAGAGCAAACCAAAGAAACCUUUACAACAAUUGGAUGUUAGAUACUAUUAAAAAUGAAUAGAAUGCUGUCAAACAGGUUUCCAUACAUUUCAGUGCAUAAUAAAAACUAUCAAAAAAUAUGUAAAUUACACACAACAACAUUUAGCAGAGUAGGUUUUAAGGCCGGUGAUAAAAUAAGAAUACAGAAAACAUUG